AUGCCGCUUAUAUACGCCCUCAUUGCGAGGGGCAAUGUAGUGCUAUGUGAGCACGCGGACAGCGAAGGGAACUUCCCCACUGUCACUCGGCUUCUUCUCUGCCGUCUCCCAACCGACAAGCAGCGCAUGUCCUACAUAUACGACAGAUUCGUCUUCCACUAUAUCGUGUGCGAUGGGCUCACCUUUUUAACAAUGGCCGAUGAUAGCGCAGGAUUUGCGCUGCCAUUCGAAUUCUUGGAGGCUGUCAAACAGCAAUUCCUGCCACAAUACCGCGAUGCAGCCAAGACCGGCAUCGCGUUGUCGCUGCAAAGCAGCUUCGAGCCUACCAUAAAAACCAUGCUUGAGUCGUUUAACUCCCACCAAACCCUUGAUGAUUUCAGACAAAUUCGCACUCAGAUUGACGGAAUUCACUCCGUGAUGAUUGACAGCAUCGACAAGAUUCUUCAACGAGGGGAGAGGAUAGAUCUGCUGGUGGACCAGUCGGAGCAGCUGAACCAGGAGGCUAUAACGUUUAGACGCCAGGCCCGUCGUCUCAAAAAUGCCCUGUGGUGGCGCAACGUGCGAAUCAUUGCAAUGGUCAUCAGCAUUAUCUCUAUGCUCUGUGUAAUUAUUGGGAUGGUCUCUUGUGGCGGGGUCACCUUCCCGUCUUGCAGAGGAUCCUGA